AUGGGUAACCGGAAUCUAGUUGAGAGUUCGAUUCACACUCCAUUUCAACGAGGACGCACCGAACUCACAGAGGUCAAAUUGAUCACUUCUGACUUCAUCAAUGGGGCCCCACUUCCCAUUGUUCGAAUUCCGAACUCCGAACAAAGAAUGAUUGCGGGGGUUAUCUCGCCAAACACGGAAUAA